GUGCUUGGCCGCGUUUGAUUUGAGAAGGUCGCCGAGGUUUGGUCGAUCUUUCCUACAGAAAAAAAAAAUAUUGACGUCUCUCUCUCUUCAGAUCGGAAUCUCAUCGACAGGAAUAAGAAUGCGAGGAAGAUACUGAGAAAAAUAAAGGAUGCGAGGUGAAGUUUGCUUCGAUUGCCUCCAGCAACGGAUCAAGUCAGACUUCUCCGAUCAGAUCGUCUUCUCUUACGGCCUCUCCGAUUCUCCGCUUCCUUUCGGAUCCUCCGCCGUCGUUAAGGUUUCUGACUCUAGCGAGGAGGGAGUUUCUGCUUCUGAUUUUGAUUCUAGUUCAUCUCAGUUCGUUUUGGAGUAUCUCCGCAAGGAAGAACAUGGUUGCUUAGUCAAUUACGUUGAAGGACUUGGGAAUUCAAACGAUGAUGUUGACUGUGAUGAGAAUUUGAUUUGUUCACACUUUAAGGCUACGAACGGCAGAGAGUUAGGCUUAGGCACAGAGGACAUCUCUUGCGAGUCUUCAGGUAGUUUUCCAAGCAGGAGAGCGUUGGCUGCACUUUUACCAAUUGCUCAGAUUAGCAAAUGUUGUUCUGCCUCUCAUCUUCAAAAGCUUGCUUUUAGUUUCCUUUCUGAGUGCCCGGAAGAUUAUAUUUUAGCCUCUCUAAAUCGCCUGAUUGGUGGAGAGUCAUCUGCACAAGAAACUGAAAGUUUCCUUCGUCUUCUUGGGUUACCGUUGUUAGAGGAGGAAAGCGAUCUUCCAGGUCUCAGGCAUCCAAAUCUGUCACCGGUCUUGGGGGUUCUGACAUCAUCUGAUUGUUUGGUCUCAGUGCUCCCCAAACCCCCGUUUACAUUGGAAAACAUUCUCUACUACAGUCCUAAUGCUUUAAAGUCAGAGUGGCACAGAAGUUUUAUUGUAUAUCAGCUGUUGUCUGCGCUAGCUCACUUGCAUGGGUUGGGGAUCCCCCAUGGGGAUAUUCGUCCAUCAAACAUUUUCUUGUCUGAAUCGUUGUGGAGUUGGUUAAAGAUCUAUAGCAAGCCUGAUUUAGGAUCUGGAGAUGCCAAUUCAUCUGCCUCAAGAAAAAGUUUGUGUGUAGAGGGUUGCUAUUAUUCUGGCCUUUAUGCUGAUCUUAAAAUUUCUUCACAUCUGGACUGGCAGACUAUCUUUGAUAAAUGGUGGAAGGGAGAGGCUAGCAAUUUUGAGUAUUUACUCUUCUUAAACAAACUAGCAGGCCGAAGGUGGGGAGACCACACAUUUCAUCCAGUAAUGCCAUGGGUCAUAGAUUUCAGCAAAAAACCUGAAAAAGAUAGUGACUCAGGCUGGCGGGAUUUAAGGAAAAGCAAAUGGAGAUUGGCAAAAGGAGAUGAGCAGUUAGAUUUUACCUAUUCGACAUUUGAGAUUCCGCAUCAUGUUUCAGAUGAAUGUCUGUCUGAGCUGGCUGUUUGCAGCUACAAAGCUAGGAGACUGCCACUGAGCGUCCUGCGUAAGGCAGUUCGAUCUGUGUACGAGCCUAAUGAGUAUCCCUCUGAUAUGCAAAGGCUUUAUGAUUGGACCCCUGACGAGUGCAUCCCUGAGUUUUACUGCGAUUCCCGCAUCUUCUGCUCUCUUCAUCCUAGUAUGUCUGAUUUGGCUGUACCUCCAUGGGCAAGCAGCCCCGAGGAGUUCAUUAGAUUGCAUCGAGAUGCUCUGGAAAGCCCCCAUGUUUCAUCUCGAUUACAUCAUUGGAUUGAUAUUACUUUUGGUUACAAAAUGUCGGGCCAGGCUGCUAUUACUGCAAAGAAUGUUAUGCUGUCUUCAUCUGAGCCAGCUGUACCAAGGUCGGUUGGACGCCGUCAGCUUUUUUUCCGGCCUCACCCGGUGCGCCUGCGUUUUUCCCGCGAGAAGGAACAAAGUAGAAAUGAACAAGAAAUGCAUACGUUUCAUGGCUUUGGGGUGGACAACAAGAGAUCCGUCAUCCUCGAAGCUGAUGAGUAUUUGGAAGAAACUGAAGAGGCAUCUGCAUUUUCUGAACAUGCAUCACAUCUAAGUCCUCAAUAUCACCUUUAUCAAAACUUGGAUGAGUCUCCUUUGCAUGAAUCUUCUAGUGAGAACACGAACAAAGCUGAUACUAGUCUUUCUGGAACUUCAAGAAACAAAGGCGUGCCAUCCGAUAUAUGUUUGAAUUAUCUUCUGGAGCAUAUAGACGUGCGAGACGAAGUUUCUAUAGAACCUCAGGAGUUGUUACUAUGGCGGCAAGAUUUCUGCCUAGGAAAGGCCAUCGCAGAGGAUAUUUUCUCUAUUGGCUGUGUCUUGGCGGAACUUUAUUUGAUGAGGCCGCUAUUUAACUCGGUGUCUCUGGCUACUUAUUUAGAAGGUGGUGACUUACCUGAAUUAAUCAAGGAACUUCCUCCUCUUACUAAAGUACUUGUUGAAGCUUGCAUUGAACGAGAUUGGCGAAGGAGGCCGUCAGCAAAGAGUCUUUUGAACUCUCCGUAUUUCUCAGCCACAGUGAAGUCAGCUUACUUGUUUGCUGCUCCACUUCACCUUUUGGCCAAAGGUGGAACACGCUUGUAUUAUGCUGCUAGUUUUGCCAAACAGGGGGCCUUAAAAGCAAUGGGAUCAUUUGUGGCAGAGAUGUGUGCUGCGUACUGCUUGCCACUGGUGACGACACUUCUAUCUGACAACGAGUGUGAAUGGGCUUAUGUACUUAUCAAAGAAUUCACAAAAUAUUUGACACCAGUGGCUGUGCAAAGACUUGUCUUGCCUUCUAUCCAGAAGAUCUUAUUGACGACAGGUUACUCGCAUUUGAAAGUUUCUCUUCUUCAAGAUUCGUUUGUGAGGGAACUAUGGACUCGAAUUGGAAAGAGAGUAUACCUUGAAAUGAUUCAUCCACUAGUCAUAUCAAACUUGUAUAAUUCUCCGGACAAGAUUUCGGCUUCUGCAGCUUCUGUGCUGCUGAUUGGUUCCAGCGAAGAGCUUGGCGCCCCUGUUACAGUCCAUCAGACUAUACUGCCUCUGAUUAAUUACUUCGGAAAAGGAAUACGUACUGAUGGGAUUGAGGUGCUGGUUAGAAUUGGGAGACUGUUGGGCGUGAACUACAUUGUCAAACAAAUGAUGCCAUUGCUUGAACAUGUUGUUUGCUUCUGUAUCGAUCUUUCUUCUAUGAAAAAACCAGAGCCUGUCCAUAGUUGGUGUUCUUUAGCACUGACUGAUUGCCUAAUCACACUCGAUGGUCUAGUUGCUCUUAUACCAGACGAGUUGCUCAUACAUGAACUAACCAAAGGUCGGUUGUGCCUACACGUAAGAGUACUUAUGCAGAAAAACCUAGAGUUGCGAGUCCUUCAGUUUGCUGCAACUUCCCUGAUGUCAAUUUGCCAGCGGAUUGGACAAGAGUUGACUGCAUUGCAUGUUCUACCGCAGUUGAAGGAGCUUUUCGAUGAAUUUGCUUUCUCUGAGAAGAGUACUGAUGUAUCUGACUCUUUAAACUGGAAGAUCAGAACUACAGAAAGAAAUUCCCAUCCAGAAUCUCCAAUCAAAAGCCGUAUGGAUCUUGUGUUGCUUCUGUAUCCUUCUUUCGCCUCACUUCUUGGUAUGGAGAAAUUACGUCAGGGCUGUCCAACCUGGCUACUACUCGAGCAAUAUCUGCUAAAGCAUCAUAACUGGAAGUGGGAAUACACAGGACGAUCCUCUCGAUAUAAUAUGGAAACCAAGCCUGUGCUAAGCAAGGGCCCUGCGUCUAAGCACACUCCUAAGACAUUGCUUAAUGGAUCUGGACGGGUAGUUCCCCAGUCGCAGGGCUUAAGAAACUCCAAUCACUUAAAACCUCAUAUACAUGACCCAGUUGAAGGACAAGAAGAAGUCUUAAGCCCUUUGGUGCAUGAACCCUGGUCAUGGUUUCCUAGUCCAGUAGCUUGUUGGGAUGGACUUGACAUUGGACGUUUUGGAAACCCCAAAGAUGAGCAACGAUGGAAAAUUAGAGCAUCUGUUUUGUCUUCAGCUCAUGCCCAUCGCGGAGCUCUAAGAUCUUUAGUGGUUUCUGAAGAUGAGUGUACAGUUUUCACCUCAGGUAUUGAUCCAGGGUUCAAGGGAAGUGUUCAGAAGUGGGAACUAGCAAGCUUAAGCUGUGUCUCUGGUUAUCAUGCCCAUGAAGAGGUUGUUAAUGACAUCAGUAUUUUAUCUUCCACCGGAAAGAUAGCAUCUUGUGACGGAACAAUACAUGUGUGGAACAGCCAAACCGGGAAACUAAUACAUUUGUUCUCCGAGUCACCUGCGGAUCAAGAUCAAGAUCAAGCUUCCUCAUAUCUGUCAUCAAACAAUAAUUCCAAUCAGUCUAAUAGACAUGUGUCACAUGGGUUAUCAAAUGGGAUAUUCGAUGGAAACAUGUAUACAUGUAUGCAUUAUUUAGAGUACAUGGAUCAGCUUGUUGUCGGAACCGGAUCCGGAGCCCUCAGGUUUAUCGAUUUAGCAAGAGGCCAGAAGCUUCAACUUUGGAGUGGAGAAUCUUUUGAAUCUGGGUCUACUUCCCUCGUAUCUGCUCUUUGUUCAGGAGGAUCUCAUACUAAACAAGGAGACGGAGCAUCAGUAUCACCAUCUUGGAUUGCAGCUGGUUUUAGUUCUGGCCAGUGUAAGCUAUUUGACUUGAGGAAAGGUGGGGUUAUUUCCUCCUGGAGAGCUCAUGACGGAUAUGUGACCAAGUUAGCGGCACCUGAGAGCCAUUUACUUGUGUCCAGCUCUCUUGACAAAACCCUACGUAUCUGGGACUUGAGGAAGAGCUGGACACCAGAGCCUUUUGUUGUUAAAGGACACAACGACGGUGUUUCAGGUUUCUCCAUCUGGGGCAAAGACGUUAUCUCCAUCUCAAGAAACAACAUUGGGGUUUUCUCACUGUCAAAGUCUCAAGACGAGGACGAGCAGCAGCAGCAGCAGCGGAUUAUACCACAGAAACUGUAUAUGGCGGAAAAGGGAGGAAGAGUGAGGUCGGACUUAUCGACCAUUUGUGUUUUACCAUUCUCCAGGUUGUUCAUCGUUGGAGCACAUGAUGGUUACUUGAGAAUCUGUUGUUGAAUGAAACUACAAUGCGAAAUAUAUAUUUACCAUAUAAUGUUUUUUUACAAAUUAUGUUGCCUCUGUAAUUUUUUUUUUGUCUUCAAGGAGACGAAGAGUGUACUGGUUUGUCUAUACGGUGUAUGUUAUCUUCUCUGUUUUUACAAGAGAAACUGUUUGUAGUUCUUCUCUGCUAACAAAAACAAACAGUUUUUCUUCUUA